AUGGCCCUUUCCAUUGUUCAGAUCGAUGCUUUCACCAGCAAACCGUUUGCUGGCAACCCGGCAGCCGUGUGUUUGCUGCCCGAAGCCCGUGAUGCCGUCUGGAUGCAGAACCUCGCUUUGGAGAUGAAUCUCUCUGAGACUUCUUUUUUGGUGCGCCGCGACGACGGCUACGACCUGCGCUGGUUCACUCCGACUGUGGAGGUCGAUCUGUGCGGUCACGCUACGCUGGCCAGCCAUAUGUUGUUCGAGGAUGGCCAUCUGGAGGCCGCUGAGACCAUCCGCUUUCACAGCCGCAGCGGUCUGCUGACCGCCCGCAAGAUAGGGCAGGAGAUCGAGCUCGAUUUCCCGGCCCAGCCGGUCAAGGCGAUCGACCCGCCGGCCGGCCUGGUGGAGGCGGUCGGCGGCGAGCCCAGUUGGGUGGGACACGAUGGUGGUGAUUACUACCUGCUGGUCUACCCGAGCCAGGCCGAGAUCGCUGCCUUGCGGCCCGACUUUCCCCGCCUCGGCGAGCUGACCACGCUCGGGUUGAUCGUCACCGCUCCGGCGGAUCGCGAGGAUCUCGACUUCGUCUCACGUAUGUUUGCCCCGGCGGCGGGCAUUGACGAGGAUCCGGUCACCGGUUCGGCGCACUGCACGCUGACACCCUACUGGGCCGAGCAGCUCGGCAAGCAGAAGAUGAAAGCCUUCCAGGCCUCGGCACGGGGUGGCGAGGUCGGGGUCGAGCUGGCUGGCGAGCGGGUGCGACUGCGUGGCCGGGCGGUCACCGUGCUGCGUGGUGAGCUGCUCGACGACGCCUGCUGA